AUGUCAUCUAUCUAUCUAUUCAUCUAUCUAUCUAUCUAUCUAGAUAUCUAUCUAUCUAUCUAUCUAUCUCAGUCUGUUGAUUAUCUAUUCAUCUAUCGAUCUAUCUAUCUCCUAUCUAUCUAUCUAUCUAACUAUCUACCAGUCUUCCCUUUCACCAAGCGCAUUUCCUUGCAUGCGAGGAAUUGUCUUUUUUUUUUAAACAGAUCGAAUGAAGUAAUUAGGGAGACCAGGAAACAUGCUUCAGGGAUUCACAAUGAGAAGAUGUUGAUCGAAUCAUUUCUUUCUUCCUUUCCCCAUUUCUUCCUUCCAUUCUUUCUUUCUCUCUUUCACUUGUCCUUCCUCCCAUUCUUCCUUUUUAUCCUUUCUUUCUUUCUUUCAUUUGUCCUUCCUCCCAUUCUUCCUUUUAUUCUUUCUUUCUUUCUUUCUUUCUUUCACUUGUCCUUCCUCCCAUUCUUUCUUUCUUUAUUUCUUUCUUUCUUUCUUUCUUUCUUUCCUUGUCCUUCCUCCCAUUCUUCCUUUUAUUCUUUCUUUCUUUCUUUCUUUCUUCCCAUUCUUCCAUUUUUCUUUCUUUCUUUCAUUCUUUCUUUUCUUUCUUUCUUUUUUCUUUCUUUCUUUUUUCUUUCCAUUCUUCCUUUUUUUCUUUCUUUCUUUUCCUUUCUUUCUUUCUUUCUUUUCUUUUUGUUUCUUGUUUCUUUUCCCAUUUUCCUUUUUUUCUUUCUUUCUUUCUUUUCUUUCUUUCUUUUUUUUUUUUUUUUUUUCCUUUCUUUUUCUUCCUUUUGCUUUUUUUUCUUUCUUUCUUUUUUUCCUUCCUUUUUUUUUUUUUCCUUUCUUUCUUUUCCCUUUCUUUUUCCUUUUCCUUUUUUCUUUCCUUUCCUUUCUUUCUUUUUUCAUUCAUUCCUUUUCUUCUUUUUUCUCCUUUCUUCAUUUUCCUUUCUUUCACUCUUUUUUAUGCUUAUUCCACCCCUCUUUUCUACCAAUCUCUUUUUCUUAGCAAAUUUCUUUUUUUUUAAUCAUUUCACCCCAAUCUUUUUAUAUCUAUCUAUCUAUCUAUUUCAGUCUUUUUAUAUCUAUCUACCUAUCUAUUACAAUCUUUUUAUAUCUAUCUGCCUAUUUCAAUCUUUUUAUAUCUAUCUACCUAUCUUUUUAUAUCUAUCUACCUAUCUAUUUCAAUCUUUUUAUAUCUAUCUACCUAUCUAUUACAAUCUUUUUAUAUCUACCUAUCUAUUUCAGUCUUUUUAUAUCUAUCUACCUAUCUAUUUCAGUCUUUUUCUAUUCAUCUAUCUAUUUCAAUCUUUUUAUAUCUAUCUACCUAUCUAUUACAAUCUUUUUAUAUCUAUCUACCUAUCUAUUUCAGUCUUUUUAUAUCUAUCUACCUAUCUAUUUCAGUCUUUUUAUAUCUAUCUACCUAUCUAUCUUGACAACCAUCAGAGGAUUUACUCUCCACUUUCUUCACCAACAAUGUUGAUUUCUCUCUCUCUCUCUCUCUCUCUCUCUCUCUCUCUCUCUCUCUAUCUAUCUAUCUAUCUAUCCUGA